CAGUCCAAAGGGAGAAAUCGAUCGAGCAGGUUGGCGGCUAACACUCCGUUUCCUCUUUCUCGGCGGCACUUGUGCGCACUUUUCCAUCGCCUUUUUCGCUGCAUUCAGCGACUUCUCGGUGGCCGGACUUUCUCCUGUCUCGCUCGUGUCGCUCUGCUCAACUUUUCUUGUCGUCGCCGGCCCCGCACAACGGGCAGCAGCUGUGCAAGAGUCACCCCGGGAGAGUGUUUCUAAACUUCAGCCUGAAAAUUCGACUUCCUGCCCUGUUUAACUUUUCUUCGUUUCCCCCGCGUUCCCCUCGCAAUCCCAGGCUGGAGGUACACCUGGUUGCAGCGGUGUCAGCAAAGCGGUUUUCCACUCGUUCGUCGUUCCCGCUUUUCCCGACUUUCUCUCCACAAAACCCUGGCUUUUUACGUCGCCCGGGCCUCCUCGACUUCCACUCGAAAUUCCCGUUUCCCGGUGCGUCUUUGCGCUGGCUUCGGAGCUUCUUUGAUUCUCGGAGAGGUGACUGAAACGCGUCUUCGGCCGUCUGUUCAAGAGGCACACUGUCCUUCCGCACUCGACAGAGGCGUCGCGAGUCGGCCGCCAGCGAAUUGCAGGCUCCAGAAAAGCGGAUUCGGCCUUGGUCGGUCUUUCUUGCGGGCACCCAGUCGCCCCGCCUGAGAGACUCCUUUUAAAGCCUCCCUUGAGACCUGUCUCAACUCGAAGCACCACCGCGAGACUCCCUCCUCUUCCUCUCGUUUGUUCUUUCCUCGUUUUCCCCUUUUCACGCUCCCAAAAUGGCGAACGCGACGACGGACCAUCUCCGGCCGCAGGAUCUAGAGACUCUGGAUAUCAGCAAGCUCACUCCGCUGUCUCCGGACGUCAUCAGCAGACAGGCAACAAUCAACUUCGGCACAAUUGGACAUGUCGCGCACGGGAAGUCGACGAUCGUCCGAGCCGUCUCGGGUGUCCAGACAGUUCGUUUCAAGCACGAGAAAGAGAGGAACAUCACCAUCAAACUUGGAUAUGCGAAUGCAAAGAUCUACAAGUGCUCCAAUCCGGAAUGUCCAGAACCUGAGUGUUACAAGAGCUACGGAAGCUCGAAGGAAGAUGAGCCCCCCUGCCCACGGCCUGGCUGCGGACACAAAAUGAAGUUGCUCCGACAUGUCUCCUUCGUCGAUUGCCCCGGUCACGAUAUCCUCAUGGCCACGAUGCUCAACGGCGCUGCCGUCAUGGAUGCUGCGCUCCUUUUGAUUGCUGGAAACGAGCCUUGUCCGCAGCCGCAAACCAGUGAACACUUGGCUGCGGUUGAAAUCAUGCGUCUGCAGCACAUCAUCAUUCUCCAGAACAAAGUCGAACUGAUCAAGGAGUCGCAGGCCCAGCAGCAACAGGAGGAAAUUCGCGCGUUCGUCGCAGGAACGGCGGCUGACAAGGCGCCGAUUAUCCCCGUCAGUGCUGUCUUGAAGUUCAACAUCGACAUUCUGUGCCAGUACAUCUGCACGCUCGUCCCUGUCCCCGUUCGCGACUUCACGAGCCCGCCGCAAAUGAUCAUUAUUCGCUCUUUCGAUGUCAACAAGCCCGGCGAGGAGGCCACCAACCUCCAGGGAGGCGUUGCUGGAGGCAGCAUCAGCCAAGGUGUGUUGAAGGUCGGCGACGACAUCGAAGUUCGUCCGGGAAUCAUCAGCAAAGACUCUGCUGGCAACAUUCAGUGCCGGCCGAUUGUCUCGACAAUCAUGUCGAUGUUUGCGGAAGAAAAUCCGCUGAAGUACGCGGUCCCCGGAGGUUUGAUUGGAGUCGGCACGAACAUCGACCCGACGUUGACGAGAGCAGAUCGCCUCGUCGGUCAAGUGCUAGGACACCCUGGCAACCUCCCCGACUGCUUCGGAGAAAUGGAGGUUUCUUACUACCUGCUUCGACGGCUUCUCGGCGUUCGCAGCCAGGAAGGCGACAAAUCGACGAAGGUGUCCAAACUGAAGAAAGGCGAAUUCCUCAUGGUGAACAUUGCCAGCACGAGCGUCGGCGCUCGCGUGGCUGGGCUGAAGCCUGAAAUGGCAAAGCUCGAGUUGACGGGUCCCGUGUGCACGCGAGUCGGAGACAAAAUUGCUCUCAGUCGCCGCGUCGACAAGCACUGGCGGCUGAUUGGCUGGGGGCAGAUCCACAAGGGCAAGACUCUGCCUCUCCUCGAGUCUCUGUAAGUUCGAGGUUCCGAGGCGGAGAGGCAGCCAGAAGAAGAGAGUGGAGGAGACCUCAGAGAGCGUCGCUCUCGUCUGCUCGCGUUCUCUUUUCGUGUGACUUCCGAGAGACACGGCACACGCAGAAGAAGGCUGCUUCUCCGAUUUUCGUUGCCUUCUGAAACAAGCGGAAGGCCUUUCUUGUCUGUGAAAGAGCGACGCAGAGGCGCCGAUCCACUCGAGUGGACUGGUCUUCUUCUCGGUCUCUGUUUCGCUCCCGUUCGCGAGGGUGCUCUGCGUUCUGUGUACACAUGUUUCUCUGCUUCUCUGUUGUCUGUCUCGUGUGUGCUCUGCAUGCGUCUCCGUCUCCUGCGAAACUCAGCCUGCUUCUCCACUCUUUCGCGUCCGCCGCGUGUCUCCCAUUCCCAGUGUAUGUAUCCUGCACGGACUCGCGAGUUGCCCGCUGUGGUGCUGAAAACUUGAAGAAAACAAGGCGGAAAAAUCCGACUUUCUGAAGCUCGCUCGCCGUUC